AUGACUUGCUACCGAGGCUUCCUGCUGUGCAGCUGCCGUUGUGUGGCGGGGAGCCGGGCGGCCGCAACGGCGCGGAGCGCUGGAAGUGGGGGCCGGCGGCACCUGGGGCACGGGGGACACGGGCGGCACGGCCAAGCUCGCGAGCUGGAGGGCGGCAGGGGCAACGAGGGCCGUCCUGCAGGCGGCUUCCGCCCGGCCCGGGUUGUGGUAGUGGCCAAGACCACCCGCUAUGAGUUCGAGCAGCAGCUAUACCGCUACGCAGAGCUCUCGGAGGAGGAUCUGAAGCAGCUGCUUGCAUUAAGAGGAUCCAGUUAUAACGGACUACUUGAGCGACAUCAUAUUCAUACCAAGAAUGUGGAGCAUAUUCUGGAUAGUUUACGGAAUGAAGGAAUUGAAGUUCGUUUAGUGAAGAGGAGGGAAUAUGAUGAAGACACUGUUCGAUGGGCAGAUGCUGUUAUAGCUGCAGGAGGUGAUGGCACAAUGCUACUGGCAGCCAGUAAGGUCUUGGACAGGCUUAAGCCAGUUAUUGGAGUAAACACUGAUCCAGAACGGUCUGAAGGUCAUUUAUGUCUGCCUGUGAGAUAUACACACUCCUUUCCAGAAGCACUACAGAAGCUUUAUCGUGGUGAGUUCAGAUGGCUAUGGAGACAACGAAUCAGAUUAUACCUUGAAGGGACUGGAAUAAACCCAAUUCCUGUAGAUCUCCAUGAACAGCAGCUGAGUUUGGAUCAACACAGCAGAGCCCUCAACAGUACAAGAAUCCAUGAUCAUAGAUCUGAGAUUUCUGGGCCACAACUUUUACCAGUAAGGGCACUAAAUGAAGUCUUCAUUGGGGAGAGUCUGUCAUCCAGAAUGCCCCAUUCUUUGGUUGUUGCUGUGGACAGUAUAAGAAGAGAUAUAGCCACUCUAAAGGGACUGGCCUCCUACUAUGAAAUCUCAAUUGAUGAUGGUCCCUGGGAAAAACAGAAGAGUUCAGGACUCAAUUUAUGCACUGGAACAGGAUCAAAAGCCUGGUCAUAUAAUAUAAACAGGGUUGCAACACAAGCUGUAGAAGAUGUUUUAAAAAUUGCUAAACGCCAAGCAAACUUGGAUCUUCCACUGAAAAAGGAAUUAGUUGAGAAAGUUACAAAUGAGUAUAAUGAAUCUUUAUUGUAUAGUCCAGAAGAGCCAAAGAUGCUUUUCAGCAUUCGAGAACCUAUUACAAAUAGAAUAUUCUCAAGUAGUCGUCAGCGUUGUUUCUCAUCAAAGGUUUGUGUUCGUUCUCGUUGUUGGGAUGCCUGUAUGGUUGUAGAUGGAGGAACUUCUUUUGAGUUUAAUGAUGGAGCAAUAGCUUCAAUAAUGAUCAAUAGAGAUGAUGAACUUCGAACUGUGCUGCUAGAGCAGUGAUCAUCACCCCAGGAAAAAUACUUUAAUUGCAGAAACAGACUGCAUUGUCAUAACACUGCAUUAAAAAAAAUUGUUAAAGGCUGUUCCUUUAACAGUUUGGGUACAAAGCCAGCCCUGAAAGUUUGGAGGUUUUGAGAGAAGCUUUGUGGUUGAGAAAAAGUAUUUAUUGCCUAAGAAAACUGAUAAACUACAUGGAGAUCUUAGAAUUGGUGCCAGCUGUAUAACCUACAGAUAUUUUUUAAAGUGGUAAUGCCUUUACAUUUAAAGAGGUAGGUUCAAAUAAAAGAUGAAAUAUAGAGGAUAUGAUUUAACUAUAAUAGGGUCCCUUCACCCCUUUCCCCAUUCUCCACUCCCUCUAAUAGUAUCCAGGGAUUGUUCAAACCAAAUGCAUUUAUCACUCAUGAAUAUUUCUUUUUUAUAGAAAAGCAACUUGAAUGUUAAGAUUUAUUGUUCUGAUGAUGAUUAUAGAUAAUUUUUAUAAACCCUGACAUUAACCUAUUUGAAAUAGGUAAAUGUUUUUAUAUAUAUUUUUCAGAAUUUUAUAAUUUCAGAACAUGAUGAUAAUAUGCCUUAUUUUUCCAUCUUCAAUGAUUUAAGGCCAAUGUGAAAUUUAUACCUUUUUCCUUUUCUGCCCUAUAUUUCCUCCAAUCUUUUAAAAACUUUACAAGAACUUUUUCAUUUAUAUUUUGAUUCAGGUUGUGCUGUUCACUUGUGGUUGAAAUGCAUUUAUCUGGAGAAAAUCAUGCUGCUAUUUAUUACACUUUCUAACUGCUCAAGAAUUAUCUUGAUAAUGAAUCAAAGCCUUUUAAAUAUGUUAACAUUGGAGUAGGUAAUCUAUAAGGUUCCUUCCAGUUCUAAAAUUCCAUGAUGAUGAUGUGAUAAUAAAAUGGAAUUAUAUCUACAUAAUCUGAAUUUACUUUAACUGUAAGAAGAAAAACAUUUACUGUUUGAAUGUACUCUUGGGUAUAGUAUCUGAAAGAAAGUCAACAUGAAAAUCAGUGAAACAUUUGUAUUCUCUUUUGAAUGCUUUGGUUGGUUUUAUUAUUUUCUUGAGUUUUCAUCUAAUUUAUUGUGCAUAGCAGCAUUGAUGAGUGCAUGUUAUGACUUCACUUCCCUUUUCCUCACAUUAUGAAUUAGAUGAAAAUUUGUGAAUAAACAUGGUUUUCAGUUCAUUA